GUCACCCCGCCUGUGACGUCUCGCCCAUCCAUUGGACUGAUUAAUUCAGAGCUCGAGGGCCUGAAGGGGAGGCUGAAACCACUUUAAAAACAUGUCAUGCAGUAACCUAUUUCUAGACUCCACGGAAUUUCCCAUCUUCUUCACCACUCUAUUCUUUUAAACAACCAAAUCUCUUGACAUGAGUAAACAUACUGAAAUUGUGAGGGACUUUCUUCAGCCUGAUCUCAAAAAAGUUACACCACGGGAUUACCUCUCGAAGAUCAGAGAAGUCGUCUUGAUUCAUUGCCAGUCACAGAUUGCAAUAAAAAACAUGGAAAAAUGCAACUUCAGGGUGGGAUCUUUGAAAGACACGUCAUAUGAAGAUGAACCUGACAUAUUAGAGGAAUGGGAGCAGUACUACCUGAGAGAGAACAUGAAGAUGGAGGUGAUUGGUGUUUUUGAGGAGUUCCCCUGUAACUCCCUCUAUGCUGAGCUGGUGCUGAUGGUGUGUGAGGAUGGGAAAGUGUUUGCUUAUGAAGAUGAACAGAUGCAUCUAGUUGCCAAAAGCCUGAAAGAGCUGUUUGACUAUGGUCUCCAAUUUCCUGGCAUCGAACAAUACUACCGUGGUCAAAGCUUUGAGGACAUGACCGAUGCUGAAUGGGACAGAGUGAAGAAAUCAACAAAAGAGGUUGCAGUGAAGAAGCAGCAUCAGGACAUGCUGGAGCACAUGGAAGAAUCCUAUCUGAUAGACUUGGCCAUUAUUAAGCAGAGACUGCAAACUGAGCAGCCAAGCAGAAUGUCAAGUAAUAAAGAGCGAUGUGGAGGCAACAGGAGAAGAAACAUGCCAAAAAAAUCCUCCACAUGGAGCACACACUUCAACAUGGGUGAAGACGACUUCGUAAAGGGGAACCACAAGUUGAAACAUCACAGAAGACAUAAACAAUCACCGCAGAAAGCAGACCUGUGUCAGACCUGUGUCAGACCUGUUUCAACCACCACCUCUGUUCUCUGCUGACGCCUUCGUCUCUGCAGAUAUUGCACACUUUGUUCUGUGUAAAUACUUCCUGUUCUAUAAAAAACAUCUCAGCGCACACGUUCUCAGGAGCUCUGUUUGCUUCCCGUACGUCUGUGGACUGAGUGGCCAUCGUUUUUUCGUGUCAGUAACAGAAAUAAAAAAAAUAAAACAUGAACAUUUAUUUGAUUGUGGUUUAAAAAUACAAGCAGGAGAAAAGAAAAACAUUUGUGUUUUUUAUAAUGAGUAAAUGAAAUACAACAUUUAAAAAUAUCUUGUGUUUCUUUUCCUUUUUUUAGAUCAACAAAUAAGUUUUAAUUCGUUUACCGUUUUAUCACUGAUAAGCUACUUAACACAAUCACAUUAGACUCAAAGGUGCUUCAGGCUGACUCAUUUUAUGAUUGAAUGAAAUUAAAAAUGUCAUUUUUUGAUGUACAAAAAGUGUUUUAAGUUUUGUAUUUGCAAUUUCUGCUCAUAAAAAUGAAUGAAAUGAAAUGAAUUAUUUCUCCUGCCUGGAUUUUGAAACCACAAUCAAAUAACUAUUCAUAUAUUUUUUUUUAUUACUGACACAAACAUAGAAUGAUGAAAAGGUACAAGAACUCCUGUAUUUUACUUUCAUUCAUUUUUUAUUUCAAAAUUAUAAAGGGAAAAACCUUUUUUUUUCUUGGCACACACUGAAAUAAAAAUUAAUUUUGAAAAAAAAAAUACAACUAGUGAAAAAAAUAUUUUUUGAAAAAAAGUUUUGAAAAAUCUUAUCUUUUAAAAAAUAUUUGUAAAUCUAAAUAAUCUGCUCUGUUCUUUUUCCAGCACGAGAUGCAUAAUACAAUAAAUCAUCUUUUUGCUUGAAUGAUGAAAUCUGUAUUGUAUAUAAAAUGUAUAUAUUUUUUUAAUAAUUUUGAAAUAAAGCAUUGAUCUGUAAAGCAGUAUGGGGCUGUAUUUCAUCAUCAUCAUCAACAUCGUCAUUAUGCCUAUAUUUUUAAUAUAUUGUAAGAUUAGGAUAGACACUUUAGGUGUGCAGGUGCUCCUAACAAACAUCGAUGCAGUGAUCCAAUCAGUCAAUCAUGUGACAGCAGCACAAUGCAUAGAAUCAUGCAGAUACAGAUCAAGAGCUUCGGUUAAUGUUCACAUCAAACAUCAGAAUGCAAAAAACAAAACAAAAAACGCUGAGUGAGCGACAGUUCUGUGGGUGGAAGCGAUUUCCUGUCAGCUCAGAUCAGUCUGCUCGUUCUCCUCUGAUCACUCUCAUCAACAAUGGUUUGGUUUUUCACACUAUCUGCCAGAUUUUAUGCGAUGUGCUGCUGCCACAUGAUUGACUGAUUGGACAACUAUAAGUAUGUGCAAAAGUCUUAGGCACAUGCAAAGAAAUGCUCUAGAGCAAAGAUGCCUUCAUAAAUAAUGAAACUAAAUAUUUCUACAUUUUAAAAAUCCUAUAAAGAGCAGUAAACAGUAAUAAAUGAAACAAAGUCAGUAUUUAAUGUGACGAUCCUUCACUUUAAAUAAAUAAAGCAGUAUGUGAGGUGCAGUGUGUGCAGUUUUAUAAGGAAAUGAGCUGGAAGUGUUACUGAGCAUCUUGCAGAAGCAGCCACAGUUCUUCUGGAGACUUUGACUGUCGACUCGCUUCUUAUUUCUGCAGCGAAACCCAGCAGCCUUCAUUAUGUUUUUAUCUGAAAAGUGUCUCUUAUGGAAUCUGCUGCUUUCUUUACUGACAUACAAACAUUUUUCUGUAACAUUUCAUUUUGUGCUGGAAAACUAAUGUUUGGAAUCUAAAAUGUUUUUGUACUGAAUCAAUAAUGUAGAAGUCAGAAAAUAAACAUCUAUAACAAAGUUUGUACUAAAAAACAAUACAGUGCCUAAGACUUUUGCACAGUGCUGUAUAUAUGUUUGUAUGUAUGUAUUGUGUCAUUUAUACCCACUGAUGGCAAUUUGUGGUUUCUCACAUCAACUUCAUGUGCCACACAAAAAAACAUCUGAAUGAAGUCCACAGCAGCACAGACUGAUCACUUCUUCGAAGAUGGUUGAGGAAAGAACAGUCAUAAAGAACGGUUAUUGACGAAAGAGAAAGAGAGAGAGAGAGAGAGAGAGAGAGAGAGAGAGAGGUGCAGCUUUGCUGAAAACUGACUGGACGACUGUGAGAGACAUUUAUUAGUCAGUUGCUGGAAAUUUAUCUCAGAAUUCCUGAGUAAAUUCAUCUAUCCCUCAUAAAAAAAAGGAUGACUGACACAAGGGAACAGAGGGCACAAUCACAGCUCAUUAAAGAUAAAUUUCCCCAAAAUGCAAGAUUCCUCUUCUUUGAAGCCGUAGCGCUAGUGAGUAGAACUGAACUCGGCGGUGAUGAUCAGCUGAACAUGAAUCAAAUACUAGAGAAGAUUGGAUCAUACGCUAAAGUAAAUGUGACCUGACAUUUAGAAUCAUUAAAAGACAAUAAGAUGUCUUCUGUUUUGUGAAGUUGGCCAUUGUUGGAUUGGCCACGGUUGUAAGCGUUUGUGAAGUGGGUAUAGUAUGAGCAAAUGUUUGCAAUUUUAUUGUUUUUUUUUCUAUUGAUAGAAAUGUUUCUUGUAUUUUCCUGGUUGUACUACUGCUGUGAUACUGCUGAAUAGUGGUUCAUUUAAAGUAAGACUCCAGAUUGCAGUGAACUUGUGAGUCACAUGUGUAUAAUUACAUUUAGUGUACAAAUCCCAGCAAUGCCACAGCCACUUGACAGCCAAGAGUCCACAACCAGUAGACACACUCUUAAAGGGUGGUAUGUGUUGAGUCAGGGACGCAUGACAGCAUUUUAGGGCCACGGUUUGAAGAAAAAAAAAAUCAAGAAUAAAGUUAUAUUUCAAGAAUUUUUUUUUUUUUUUUUUAGAAAAAAUUGCAAAAUUUCAAGAAAAAAGUAUUAAUAUUAUGAGAAAAAAGUCUAAAUAUUUUGACAAUAACGUUGCAAUUUUACUUUACAAAUAAAGAAAUGUAUUAUUAUUAUUAUUAUUAUUAUUAUUAUUAUUAUUAUUAUUAUUAUUAUUAUUAUAACUUUGAAAUGACUGUGUAAUAACUGUGUUUAUUUAGAAGAAAGAAGCACAUGGAUUUAGUAGAAAUGGUCUCUUUUGUUGAAGGAGAAAUCACAUUUUCAAUGGUUCAUCAGAGGCGUAACAGCUGUAACUCAGUACAGCAAUCGAGCGCACAUGGACUCACCAUUAAGUCAUAGUAUUACUACUUUAUCCUUGAAAUAUUAUGACUUUUUUUCUUGAAAUAUUAUGAAAUCUUGAAUUUUUUUCUUUAAACAGUGGCCCUAAAAUGCUGUCGUUGGGAUGAGAUGCUCCACAGCAUCCUGUUCUUAGGGAACAUUCAUCCAGCAAAGUACAACCCACAGGACAUCUUUGAAAACAGCUAUAAUUACACCGUGGAGCUGUUCCCAGGUCCAUUCAACCGUUACCGAACCCAUGUGCCUCUACAGACUCCUUUCUCCUACUUUCUAGAGCUGGUUCUGAAAUGCUACGGUCAAAAUAAUGAAGACACAGUGAAGGAUAAACUGUUCAAAACACUGAAGAACUAUAAGGGAUUUGGUGGCAAAAAAACCCCGCUAAUUUCCACCGUCAUAUGCAUCUGUGAGAACGGUGUGUCCAGAUACUACGGAGCUUCUCUGUCCUGUGGAAGUGACACAGCGAGAAAGAUCAUGACUGCUGUGUCCUGUGUGCAUGUUUGGCAUCUCAAAGUUUCCUCUGCUGUGAUGUCUGUGUUUCCUGAUGACACUGGAGAACCACGUAG